AUGGUUAAUACCCCGUCACAGCAAGACCAGAACCCCACUGUACCAGCUGGAACCAGUAAUUGGGUGCCGUCCAUGGCCACUAUCCAAUGCGUCAUCCAGGCCACAGCCCAGUGGCGUCACCCAAACCACCUACUGCAAGGCAUCGCCCAGACCACCUACUGCAAGGCGUUGCCUAAGGCAUUGCCAGGACCACUCAGCUUUAAGGAGUUGCCCACAUCCUCGACAUGCACACCAGUGCUCAACGCUAGUGCUUGGUGCCACCUCUGUGUCUGCGCCUAUGCCUACCUCUGUCUAGCUAGCAUCGCCUCUUACACUGGUGUCGCCUUCAGUUGCCUAAGGGCACCACCUAGGCCGUCGUCGCUAGCCAUCUCCAAUGCUAAGGGUGUCGCCUAA